AACAUAGUUGGUUUCCGGGCUGCCAGUGCACACAGUGUGAUGGUUUAUUUGAAGUCUGUACUUCUCCGCAUCAGGUAUGGCUAUCUUACUCUUACUGCAAUAGUCAGGAACUUAAAUAGUGUCAGUUCAGGACAAAAAAAAAGCCGCUGUCAGGAAAGGACGAGGCUGGUGCUGGGUGAAAAAAGGAGGUGUUGCCCAUAUGGGCUUCCUGAAAGCAGGAGCCUUAGCAAUACUUUUUCAGACCGGAAAGAGGGAAGUUGAUUGUGGCCAGCUUGUGCUCAGUUCGGCGCUGUGACAGAAACUUCAGGCUCAGCGCGCUGUAAUCAGCGCGGCUAGAACCGUUGCUGCAGCGCAGCUCGCUGCGGUUCCUGACCGGUGCUCGCAGUCCCGGCAGUUACCGACCCCCGACGCCGCAGCCCCCCGGGCCCUGGCGCGGAGCCGGGGCGCCCCCUCCGCCUGAGGCGGCCCCGAGGGACGGCGGGAGGGGACGGAGCGCCCCGCGGCGUCGGGCCCGGCUCCAGUUCCUCCUUUUGCCUGCCGGGGCCGAGCCUCCUGCCGGCCUCCACCCGCAGAGCUCCGCGCCGGGCAGCGGUGAUGGACCGCGACCGCAAUAAGACGCUGCUGCUGGAGCUGCUGAAGGUCACCGGGAACGGGCGCUGCGCCGACUGCGGGCAGCCGGAUCCAGAGUGGGCUUCUUACAAACUUGGAAUAUUCAUUUGUUUGAUGUGCUCUGGAAUCCAUCGCAAUCUUCCUCAAGUCAGCAGGGUCAAAUCCCUUAGGCUUGACUUCUGGGAGAACGAUCUUAUAGAGUUUAUGAAGAAGCAUGGGAAUCUCUGUGCCAAAGCUAAAUAUGAAGCCAAAGUCCCUCCCUAUUAUUACAUCCCCCAGUCCUGUGAUUGCUUGGUUUUAAGAGAACAAUGGAUUAGAGCUAAAUAUGAGCGUGAGGAAUUUGUUGCCACCCGAGUCUGCCAAGAUCCUUGUUCUGCAGGUAGCCAUGAAGGAUUCCUCUGGAAGCGUGGACGGGAAAGCAGACAGUUCAAGCAGAGGCGAUUUCUCUUGUCAGCAAGGGAAGGGGUGAUGAAGUACUACACUAAAGAACCCAAAGGUCCGAAAGCCGUUAUCAGCAUCGAGAAGCUGAAUGUGAUGUUCCAGGCAGAGAAAAUCCAACAUGCUCAUGGGCUGCAGAUCACAUACAAGACAGAUGGUCAAACAAGGAACCUUUUUGUCUAUCAUGAAAGUGGAAAGGAGAUUGUUGACUGGUUCAAUGCCAUUCGGGCAGCACGUUACCACUAUCUCAGAACAACCUUCCCAGCUCUCCCUGAGCAUGAGAUCAUACCUCGGAUCACAAGAAAUUAUGUUAAAGAAGGGUAUAUGGAGAAAACAGGACCAAAGCAGAAGGAGACCUUUAAGAUGCGCUGGUUCAGCCUAGACUCUGAAGAGAGAAACCUGCUGUACUUUAAAAAUCCACUGGAUGCAUUUCCACAAGGCCAAGUUUUUAUUGGAAGGAGAGUUGAGGGCUAUGAAGUACGGGAUGGCUUGCCCCAGGGAAUAUCUGUAAAGAAGAGGAAAUCAGGGAUCACCAUGGUCACGCCAAUGAGAGAGUUUUUGUUUCUAUGUGAGAAUGAUAGAGAGCAGAGGGAGUGGAUUGAUGCCUUAAAUGGAGUGAUUGCCCAGCCCUUGUCUGGUUGAGACUAUAACACUGAGUUCCGGUGAACUGCACUUCCUGGGCUCUGUUCAGCACUGGUCUGCAUUUUCUUUCUGUCAGCAGGGAUGGUGCUCAAGCCCAUUCAGUGACUCUGCUACAAAGGGCUGCUUCCUUCAACAGUUACAGGCACAGGAAGGGUGGCAACAGAAAUGAGUAAGGAGAAUGCCGAUAUUCAGAAAUUAUCUGUGUCCCUUCUUUUGAAGUGCAUUAACUCUUCCUUACCUUCUCUGCUUUUGAGCAGAUGAGGCCUUCCCAGGCUGAUGUAGGGAUUAAUUAGCUGUUGUUUUACUGAAAAAGAAACAAAGUCAGUGUAGAAAGUUUGACCACAGAGGACUGGCAUGAAUUUUCUUGAGGAGUCCAUAAGGAUGUACUUGACAAUGCAGCCGCAGCAUAUAUUCUGGCAGUAAACAUGACCAUCUGUUACAAGAGUGCAUAGAACAAGUGACCAAGAGGCAAAGAGUUCACCACCUACCAGAAAUAUGCAGCAUGUCUUGUUGGAUAGAUGAAAGAUCAAAAUACAUGCUGGAA